AUGAAGAGCUCAGCAAGUUACCCACUCCGCCAAUGUGGCAUCUACCACAAUCUUCCCGAUUUCGAUCCGUCCAUCCAAGGUCUGAGUGCCAUCAUUUGUGGUGCAAACGGCAUAUCUGGAUUCGCAACCUUGCGUGCACUUCUUGAUGCACCGGAGCGAUGGACCCGCAUUUACACUUUGUCGCGAAGCUCGCUGUCAGAGGAGCAAAUGUCACUUAUCCCGACUGAACUACACUCGCAUAUCAAGCAGGUCUCUAUUGAUCUGUCCUCGUCUGGUCAAGACAUUGCGAAUGUACUACGAGAAGCCAAGGUACAGGCGGAUUAUGUAUUCUUUUACUCUUAUCUUCAACCCACGGAUCCCAAGGCCUCGGGCAUGAGCGUCGAGAUGGCGCAAGCACUUGUUGAACUCAAUGUGCCCAUAUUCAGCAACUUUCUUCAAGGACUCGAGUUGGCUGCUCUCAAACCCAAGCGAAUUGCUUUGCAGACGGGAGGAAAGAAUUAUGGACUACAUAUUGGACGCACGCGCUCACCUCUUGUUGAAUCCGACCCGCAGCCACGGCACCUACAGCCAAACUUCUACUAUCACCAAGAGGACCUGCUCAUUGAGUAUUGCAAGAAGCAUCCAGAAACGGGUUGGAAUUUUAUCCGACCUGUUGGUAUUAUUGGUGUAGCACAGCGCGCGCCUUUGAAUGCAUUCUAUCCGUUUGCCAUUUAUGCUGCUGUUCAAGCUCAGAAAAAGCAACCUCUCCAAUUUGGUGGAGACUUUGAGUCCUGGCAGUUUGAGUAUUCCCACUCAACUGCCCGGCUGACGGCAUACUUGACGGAAUGGGCAGUGCUAGAGGAACACUGCAAGAACCAUGCUUUCAACGCGCAAGAUGGAAGUCUUUUUACUUGGGACCGCUUCUUUGCACAGCUUGCGCUCUGGUACGGAGUGGACAGGGGUGUACAAACCCCUGAUCUGGAAGACUCGAGCUUUACUGUCCAAAGAUUUGCAGGAGGGGAAAAGGCGCCUUUGGGAUAUGGACCACCCAGUCUUCUCAAAACAACCUUUCGAUUGGCCGACUGGUUUCAACAGCCGGAAAACAAGGCUGCUUGGGAGGAGAUCAUGGCAAAUUCGGAUGGCCAGGUCAAGGUCAAUGUGUUUGAGGACCCAGCCAUGAAGACUCUGAUUUCCGAGUUUGAUUAUGCCAGGAGAGCCAAUUUGUCCAUCAACAAAACUAGGAUUAUGGGAUUCACAGGGUUUGUUGACACUCUGGAAAGUCUACACGAGAUGUAUAAAGAGACGGCAGAAUUUGGUGCACUCCCGCAAUUAAAGGUUGCCAGCGCAAGUCCUCUGGUUUAA